AUGCCUGUCUACCUAGUGCACGGCUUCCGCUGGCCGCGCGAAGGCUUCACCGGCAUCCGCGUACACGCCGUCCUCCACAACCUCGAUGAAUGCAGCACCGAGUACAUUCAGAACGCCCACUCCCGCGAAGAGAUCCUCCGCUCCUUUCGCGAAAUAUAUCCCGAUAUAAUGAAAGAGCUAGACCACUCUGAUACGAACCCUGCUUCGGCGAGGAGGUUGGAGUUCAUUGAACAAUAUAAUCCGGACGAUAUAGACGGGCCCUACGCAGUGAGCCAACCAUACGCAUUUGUGGGAGACAAAGUCGUGAUGAUCGCGGCCGGACCGGGUAUGGGAUUGACUGGACCUGGAGUAGCGCAGGCAAGAUCAUACCAGCACGUUCCCACAGAGCCGGACUCUUCGCAAUUCUCGCAGAGGAAACCACGAGCAACAACGCUACCCAUGUCCAAACCCGCACCCUUCAACUCACCCGCGGAUACCACGGCGCUAAGCAUUAACGUGGACGAGGUUAUUGCCGAUGGCCCCGGGUUGACGAAUAAAGCGUGGGAGGCGCUGGCAGAUCUGAGAGACAAGAUCGCCGAGGGCGAGAAGAUCGGGUGGUGGGUCGUCUACAAUGGCGAUCCAGAACGGUCGUUUGAUGGCAUGGAGGACGACGAGGAUGACGGAGAAGACGAAGAUAUGGAAGACGUGGCAGAGGAAGAUGAAAGUAGGGGAAAGCAGGAUAUCGGUGCUGUUUCUUCUCCUACUUCGCCUCCUGGAGCUGGUGCUUCGAUGAGAGGUCAUCGCCCCACGCCCAGCGACUCCCUUCCAAUUCCUAUGUCCACCAUGACGGGUCACUAUCCGAUCUCUACCCCGCCUGUAGCGCCCAUGCUCGCCCAAGCACAACAUGUCACUGCCCAACAACAACACCAACGGCAGCAAUCACAGCCACAUCAAGAAGGAGGCUCAGGCUCACCAGGCCUUACGGCUCUGCCCGUCAGACCCACGCCCCCUUCAUCAACAACAGGACCAGCGACACCACGUCCAACAACAGCCCCGGCAGCUUCGGAGCCCACCAGCACCAUCAGCAAGGGCAAACAGAAAGAAAGCGUCCCAGAAGAACAACCAGCCAGGCCAAAGGAAGCAGCAAAGUCCCAGGGUCUGAGGAAGAAGUUCUUCGGAAGAAGGUCGUGA